UCUUAGAGCAAGAUCCUCUUCCUGGGCUCGUGUCCGAGUCUCCGAGCUCACCUCCGUCAAAGCCUGACACCCACGUGCUUCACAAAAUUUCGCCACCUGUUUAACCUUCGCCGCUAAAUCGCAGCCUCCCAUUUUCAUCUCAACAUGUACGUGCGUAUUUAGAGAGACCCAUGUAUAUUCUCCUUCGUCGCCAAGCUAUCCCUUAUCGAUUUCUGCUCCACAAAAACCCUACCAACUUUCCCAAUAAUCCCUUCAAUCUCUAUCACACACACUCUUCAGAUCACUACACCCACUUCAUCCCCACGCUCCGAUUUCGAAUCAACUCUUUUGUUAGGUCAAUUGGUUUCCUUUUUGUUCGAAUCUAAGGGGUUUCUUGAAUCUUUAAUUUCGAAUUUUGGUAUGGUGCGUUUUGGGUUGUUUUCUUGGGCUUAUUUGAUUGCGAUUGCAGGUUGUUGUUAGGGUUCGCCGAGGUGAACUGAUCGGAGGUAAAAAUUCGCGUUACUUUCGAAAGGGCUAGGGUUUGGUUGUUCUUCAAUCUCAUGAGAAUUGUUAGGGGAAUGCAGAGAUCGUUUCAGCUCGUGGACGAAGACGAUAUUGGUUGGAGCAAUAAAAUAAAAUCAUUCACCGGCGGAAUUGGAGUCACGUCGCCUAAGGCCAGGACACGUGACAAAUCGAAAGCUAGGGUUUUAUAAUAAUCAUCAAGAAUAAGAACUUUGUAUUCGUUUGUUUUUAGGGCAUCGAAAUCAUCUCGAAAAAAGGGAAAGGAUGACUCGUGUUUUUGUUCAGAGAGGUUCUUCUGCCGCUGGGCCUUCUUCAUCAUCUAAUAAUACAAACAGGUCGAGUUCUUCGUCUUCAUCGAGUCUACCUCAGGCUCAGGUUACAGGGGACGACGUCCAAGAACAAAUUCUUUCUGAAGAUCUUCCUGUAGAAACUGUUGAAAUUGAUCGAAACGAUGGUCUUGAUGUACCCACUACUGAUAAAAGCGAAGACGAAACUGUUUCAGAAGAUCUUUCGAAAAGAAUCGGUGGCUUGCGAGUAAACGAAGAGGAAGAAGAGAAAGAUGUAAAAAAGUCCGAUGAUUAUCCUUCGCAACCAACCAGCGGAAGUCCAAGUCCACAUCCACAUCCACCUCCACCACCUGCUCCGCCUACUCCACCCCCAAAACCAUCUUCAACAGGUUCUAAUUCCCGGAGAUUUACGCCUGGUAAUUCUGCCGCUUUACGAAUUGGUUCAUCUAGAAGAGCCACUGCUUGGCCAGUUGUUUCCACCGGAUCUCCGAGGUCUCAUCCUGAAAACGAUGGCUACAACAGCGCUGAUGAACAAAACCCAUGCUUCGGAUCCUCAUAUGAUGAUGCUGUGAGUUCUAGUCGUUUUACUCACUUCAAAGAACUGAAUAAUAAUCAGACUAAUACGGAAAGGGAGCGACAGUUUGAGAUUGAUAUUAGACGCACACAAGGUUAUGAAGUGAAAAGAAUGUCAGAAGAUGGGAAUUGUCUGUUUCGUGCUGUUGCAGAUCAAGUUUAUGGUGAUUCUGAAGCAUACGAUUUGGCUAGGCAAAUGUGCAUUGAUUACAUGGAACGCGAGAGAGACCACUUCUCACAGUUUAUAACAGAGGGUUUCACUUCUUAUUGCAAGAGAAAGAGAAGAGAUAAAGUCUAUGGGAACAAUGUAGAGAUUCAAGCAUUAUCUGAAAUGUACAAUCGGCCUAUUCAUAUCUACUCAUAUAGCACUGAGCCUAUAAAUAUAUUCCAUGGAAGCUAUAACACAGAUACACCUCCAAUCCGGCUAAGUUACCAUCAUGGCAACCAUUACAACUCUCUUGUUGAUCCACGUAGGCUCACAAUAGGUGCUGGCCUUGGGUUUAGCUGCCUGCAAGGGACAAAUGUUGAUAAAGAUCAAGUGAAAGCAGCAAUCAAAGCUCAACAAGAUCAACAGAUUGAUAAUGCUCUUAUGGCAGAGGCGCGUUUCUGCUCAGAUAUGGAGUUGACUGAGAAGGAAAUCGAGCAUAUGGUGAUGGCUGCAUCGAGGGCUGAAUACAUGGCAAAUGAUAAGUUCAAACAGCAACUUGGUCAAACAGAAUCUUCUACGUCUGAUGCUCAACCAUCCUCUUCUGGAGCAGGUGGGCCAUCAGGGAGUGAGAGCAAAGGCGAAGGAACAGUGCUGUGUAAUGGAAUGCAGAUGGUGCUGUCAAUGGGGUUCAGUUAUGUGCAGGCGAUGGAGGCGUAUAGUAUAUUUGGUGAUGACGUGGAUUCCAUGGUUUGUUAUCUUCUUGAAACUAGCAGCAGGCGUAAAGGGAAAGCAACUGAAUAAAGAUAAAAAAAAAGAUUAAAGAUAUGGUGGAUAUCAUUGGAUUUGGAGUAGUAGUGGUGGUAAAAAGUAAUAAUAAAUAAUGGCUUCUUUGUAUGUUGGAUUGAAUCUUAAAAACAGUAUUAACGUCUUCUCUUGUCUUUUGUAUAUUUGUGUUUGAUCUUACCCAUGUGUUGAUCGUUUUAUGAUAAAAUCCGAUCGAAUAAAACACUUUAAAUUGAUGAGUUUCUUGAUC